GCGAAGGUGUCUCUGCAGGUGUCGGCAUUUUCGAGCAUCGAAGGAGGCUUCGAGGGGCUCGUGUUCGUUCUUCGUGCCGUCGCGUCUCAACUGGGUCGGCAUGAACUCGGCCCGAUAGAGUUUGUUGUUGAUCUGUGGAGUCCUUGGAAGGGAAGAAGCCGAGCAUGUGAUGAAGCAGGAAAUGGGUUCGGGAUCCCGGUGCACGCGAUCUCAGGCAGCUCCGGACUGGAGCGCUGGCGAUUUGCUAAUACUCGUGAAUGAGAUUGCGGCUGUCGAAGGGGAUUGCUUGAACGCGCUCUCUUCUUACCAGAAAUGGGAAAUUAUCUCAGAAAACUGCACCGCGCUGGAUGUAGACAGGACUGCGAAUCAGUGCCGCAGGAAAUGGGAAUCCUUACUUGCUGACUACAGAAGGAUUAAGCAGCACGAUUCACGGUCCGGUGUCAAUUCAUAUUGGUCUCUGGGACAUGAUAGAAGAAAAGGUUUUGGCCUUCCUGAGACUUUUGAUAGAGAAUUGUUUGAGGCCAUCAAUAAUCUUCUUAUGGUGCGGGAAGAUAGAGCAGAUACAGAGCCAGACAGCGAUUCAGAAGCAGAAGGUGACACGCGUGAUGCUGCUGCUUCCGAAUCUGGUUCUAAAAGGAAAAGAAAGAAACCUGGGCACAUCAUUGUGCAAGGACUCCCCACAACGAGCCCAUUAAAGGAUCAAAGUACAAACUUCGGUGUCCUGAAGAAGCGCAGUGAAAAUCCCUCAGGUUCCAAAAGGAAAAGCAAGAGACGCAAGAAAAGCAAGAGAAGCAAGAAAAGCAAGAAAUCUAUGUCUCCUAAAAUCGUUGUGCAAGGACUGCCCACGACGAGCCCACUAAAGGAUAACAUUAUGGCACUGCCAGCUGCGAGCCCAUCGAAGGAUAACACUAUGGAACUCGACAUCCCGGAGAAGUGCAGUGAAAAUAUAUUGCAAGAAAGGCCUCAAAUGUGUCUUGCGGAUGCUGACGUCAUGCCUGUGGAGAACUGUGAGGGAAAGAAGCUCGAGGAAAGCUGCUUCGAAGAAACGGGGAAAACAAGUGAAGACGAGCGGGAGCAGAUGAUGGCCUUGACGUUGCGAGAAAAUGCUCAGCUGAUCCAACAAAUCGUGAAUGGGGGUCCGGCGGAUCCAGGGUGUGGAUAUGUAGAUGUAAAAAGUGUCGAGAACUCGAAAACCGAGUUCAUUAGAGGGCAAGGCGAUAAGCUAAUUGCGUGUCUUGGAACCAUCAUAGACACCCUUAACCAGCUCUGUGAUGUAGUUCAAGUCAAAGAAUGCGACUAAUUGCUACAUGCUGAAUGUAGUUUGGGACUCUGCAUUUGGAUGCUUUUCAUGUGAAGAUGAUUCAGAGGCUUCCCUCCUGCAGAGCAAAAUCAGUGCUAUUCCAGUAGCAAGAAUUUUGA